GCUUUCCUGCUGCUUGCUGGUAGUGUCGCCAUCAGCAGCAACCUCCCCGACGGCGUCAUACGCGUCCCUCUGCCGCGCAUCAUGAACCAGUCAUUCUACGGCAUGGAGUUUGAAGUUGGCAACCCUCCUCAGCGAUCAUGGCUCAAAAUCGAUACCGGCAGCCCCACGAUCGGCUUCAUAUCGCCUCGCAGCAACUUGUGCCUCCGAGCGGAUGCCCCGUGCGAAGCCCUGGGCACGUACGACAACCUCACCUCGUCCACAGCCGCCGUGGCUUUCCCGGACGGCAGCUACCCCAACUACAGCGACGGCCUGCUUGACAGCGGAAGGGGCAUCCUCAUCAACGACACGGUGCGGUUCUCGGGCGUGACUGUUGACGACUUCAUUCUCGGCUCCACGGACAGUUUCAACCUCGAUGUCAAGCUGACGCAGGUGAACCCAUUUGCGGGCAUCAUGGGCCUGAGCGCCAUUUGCUUCGACCCCUCGUGCGCCGUUUACCUGACCUUGGUUCAGCAGCUGGCGGACCGGGGCAUCAUAAAGACUCGCGCCUUCAGCAUCUACCUGGCCGAGGACAAGCCGGACGCCGUGGGCCAUUUUCUCAUCGGCGGCGUGGAUGAGGCCAAGCGCGAGGGUCCUGUCUUCACACAGAAGCUGGACACUCCGUGGGGGAUGGAGUACUCGUCCUUUACGCUGAACAAGUCUGGCGAGAAGACUGUCUGGCCCAUUGGACCUGGCAACGAGACCGAUUGGGAUACGGGUGCGAGUUAUUGGGGCCUUCCCACGGACGUGUUCAAUGCUGUUGCUGCUGAGCUCGGGCUGCCUGAGGACAUUAGCACGACAGAGAAUCCGUACGAGGUGGACUGCAAGUACCGCGACCUUGCUGACUCGGUUCUUGAGGUUGGAUUUAUACUUCCUAUGUUAGUGCCCCUAUUUUCAACAGGAUUCCCAAACAACGGCACCAUCAAGAUCCCCGUUGGUCGGCUGGUGACGAAGCUUGACUCAGGCAAGUGUGUUACCUUUGCGCUGAAUGGAGUUGGAGGCCCUGGAUACGCGCCUGUUGCGACGGUGUUUGGCCAGCCUUUCUUGCGGAGCAUUUAUGCGACGUAUAAUCUGGAUACGCUGGAGGUGUCGUAUAGCCAGGUCAAGUAUACCGAUGAGGAGCGGAUUGUGGCAAUU